AUUGAAAGUUCUCACUCAUUAAUGUACUUUGAGACUUUUCAUUACCACCUACAAAGAGAUCUGAAAACCAAAUUAUCAAGAAUAAGUCAUAGAACGUGAAUAAGUAUGAUGUGCAAGUGAAAGGAAAACGACCUUGGAAUGUCUUAAAAUUCUGAAGUUUCAUUUGUUCCUCUAUCUUAAGGCGGAAUUUUAAAUCGUACACCGAGAUACUGGAAUGGAAAACGAAAAUGAUGAUACUGUUCAUACAUCUCAUGCCCCUGCAGUGAAAGCUGGGGGAAUGAGAAUUGUGAAACAUGCCAGAGAGCAUGAAGACAAAGCAUUAACGAAAUCGGAGCUAGCACAACAAGCAGCAGAAUACAAUUCUAGCAUCUUAGGGGUUUCGCCCCACGAUAUUCUCAGUAAGGAAGAGCUGGAAUCUCAUGACAAGGGCGUUAAAGCCACUCAUGAUAAACCUAUGCCAAAGGUUACCAAGCCGCAUAAUGACAAUACACGUCGAAUUAUUCAACAACCUUCAAAAUGAUGAAUUAUUUUUAAAACAAAUAAUAAUAAGUAACCAGUUACUUUUUGUAAUUUUAUUAUUUUGUAAGCAAAAUAAAUAAAUUUCAGUCUUAUAUCGCA